AUGUGGAUUGCUUUGCUUGUUCUAAUAAUGGGAAGAUUUAUCAACACGUAUGAGAUAGCGGUAGAAUACUGGGAGUAUGAAAAUGCGCUUAAUACGUGGGAGGAGGUGAUGGUGAUGAUUAUGAGGAAGUUUAGUAGGUUUCGGGCUAAUGGUAGGAGCGGUGGCAGAGAUAAUAGGAGCAGUGGCAGAGAUAAUAGGAGCGGUGGCAAAGAUAAUAGGAGCGGUGCCACAAACGGUGAGAGCAACAGAGGUGGUAAAGAUAAGGACAGCGACAGCUGUUCAACAGAUACAUACUUUGAUGUGUAUCUCUACGAGAAACAGAAACGAAAAGAAAAACGUAAAAAUCGAAAACUCCACCGUAAGCAAAGCACUCACAUAGAACUUACCACACUGGUGGAUGCAAAUGAUGCGAUUAAUGCACUGUCCAUGCGCGACAGUGAUGAUGCCAUCCAUGUUAAUACGAGCAACGCUCCACCCAGCAGUACUUCCCCAUGCGGUAACGAUGGCAUCACCACCAUAAAUACGCGCAAUGCCCAACACAAUGAUGUUGUUGGGGAUGUGACUGUUAAAGAAUACGUAAAAGCCUGUGCAAAACAGGUAGAGGAUGUCGAAGAGGAGUAUUUUGCAUUCAACGAUUUUACGCUGUUGUACGAUUAG